GCAGCAGCAGCUGGGGAAUACAGCCAGCUGUAAACAGAACAGAAUGAUCUCUCUCUCUCUCUCUCUCCUCUCCCUCUCCCACUCUCUCCCUCUCUCUCCCUAUCUAUCCAUCUUUCUAUCUGUUCUGACUGCAGUCUGCAUCCAGUGCCACACUGCUGCUGCUGCUGCUGCUGCUGCUGCUGCUGUGAUCCAAGCGAGUGGGAGGAACAGCUUCCUCUGUUUCGCCUCAAAAAUGACCAGACAUCUUCCUGGAGCUGCUGCUGCUGCAGGGGUGGAUUUGGCUUCCAGUCUCCUGCAUUGCACAACCUCUUCCCUCCACUCGGACAGAUAAAUAAGACAAAAGAGGGAUUGCUUGGAGACGAGGAGAGGUGGAGACAAGCUACAGAGGAAAGGUUGGAAAAGAGGGAGCGUGUGACUGAGGGGGUGUGGAAAACAUACAGAUUACACCAAAAAGAGAGAGAGAGGGAGAGAUAGAGGGGGGCUGAAUGGCUCAGGAGGUAUGAGAGGGAGGCAGGGGCACACAGGAGUGAAGACAGACUGAGUUCCACUGCAGUAGAAUGAGGGUUAGAGUGAAAGAGAAGGAUCAUCCAAGCUGUCAGCCUUUCGCUCGCCACUCAGGACCUGCCUCUCUCUGAAAGGAGCAAGAAAAGGAAGCCACCGUGGAGGCGAGAAGGAGAAGGAGGAGGGGGGGCGGCGGAGGAGGAGGAAGCCAGAGGUUCUACACACAAGAUGGCUGCUGUGUCCUCUGCAUCUGACACUGGAAAUCGGAGUGCCCGGAGGAAACCCACGCACACACGGGGAGAACAUGCAAACUCCACAGAGAAAGCGGGGGACCCCAGGAGCCGCCACCCCCCUGAGCGCAGGCUGCUGAUCUUGGGUGGGCCCCAGUCAGGAAAGACCUCCACCGCCAACAGCAUUCUGGGGGACGAGAUGUUCGACGCCGGGACCGAGACCACCCACAGUAACGUGGGCCAGACGGAGAUCUACGGCCGGCGGGUCACCGUGGUCGACACCCCGCCGUGGGUCAUCCCGGCCGACCCGGAGGACAGCACCGAGGCCGACGAGAACGACAACGCCGGCGCCGAGUCCGACACGCCGCAACGGCCCCCGCCCAGCCUGGACAGCGAGGGGCCCUGCAUGGGGGCCAUCCUCUGCCCCCCUGGACCCCACGCCAUCCUGCUGGUGGUGUCGGUCACUCAGCCUUUCACCGACUCCCACAGGAGGGCCGCCGAGGACCAGCUGGGAGCCCUGGGUGGGGGGACCUGGAGGUAUUCCAUGGUCCUCUUCACCAGCGUGGACAAGCUGCCUAAAGGGGUUUUUAUUGAGGAGCACAUAGCAAACACAGGAGAGGCCCUGCAGUGGCUCGUGGAGAGAUGCGGAAGCAGGUACCAUGCCUUUGACAACACACGGAAAGAGACGGAGGACAACACACAGGUACCCGAGCUGAUGGAGAAGGUGGAGGAAAUGAUAACUGACAACCAAGGAUGGUACUUUGAGGUGAACGAGCUGAUUUUGCUGGAGGAGGAACAGGCCAGGAGGGCUCUGGAAGAGGAGAGGAUGAGGAUGGAGGAGCAUGCUCGGCAGAGGGAGCAGAUGAUCGGAGGACCUCCCAGAGAGUUGAGGUUGCUCUUGUUGGGCUGGAAGGGCGUCGGGAAGAGCUCGGUGGGGAACUGCAUCCUGGGCCGGCGCUUCUUCGAGUCCGGCCAGGAGACGGAGCUGUGCCUGAGGAGGCAGGCGCUGGUGUCGGGUCGCCGGGUCACCAUCGUGGACACCCCGGGCUGGGACUGGUUCUCGGUGAGGCGGACCCCGAAGCGCAUCCGGCAGGAGUCGCAGCGCGGCGCCGCCCUGCUCCGGCCGGGCCCCCACACCCUGCUGCUGGUGCUGCCCGUGGUGUCGUCCCUCACGGCCAGGAAGCGGCGGACGCUCCUGGCCCACAUAGAGACGCUGUUCGGGGACAGCGCCUGCCUCCACACCAUGGUGCUGUUCAGCUGUGGCGACUGGCUGGGACGCACGCCCAUCGAGGAGCACAUCCUCCGAGGGGGGAGGGAACUGCAGAGACUGCUGGAGUACUGCGGGAACUAUUACCACGUCCUGGACAGUAAGACGCCCGGGAAGGACCGGAGCGUGUCGGUCCUGCUGGAUAAGAUCGAGGAGAUGAUCAGGGAGAACGGCGACAAGGCCUUCCUCCCGAUACAGACAGAGUGGCUGAGCGAGGAAAGUUCUUACUCUUCCGACAACACCGAGCCGGAGGACGACUGCCGAGGAUGCCAGCUGCAGUGACACCACCGCAAUGAAGAAGAAAAGUCGUCCUUCUUUCUUUCUUUCUCCUCAUUCUGAGCCUUCAGAGGACCCAGACAUCACCUCAUGCAACUUAAACCUCAUCUAGAUAUCGCUCUCCGGCGCCGAAGGGUUUCAGGGACAACAGAAGCGUUUGGAACAGGAGUCUCGUGAAGAGUAGCUCUUCUGUGAGACUUAAAAAAAAGACCAAGCUCACUGUUACACGAACAAAAAGUUCACUCAGCCUGGAUCAGCGGCGAAAAGUCACUCACGUCUGAGACUUACUGCUCCAAAGAGGCUCCUCAAACCCACAGGAAGGAACACCGCUCAUCUUAAAUGACUGCAGCUCAAUAACUGUGGAGGUCACGGUGUGUCCACAGACAUCAGCUGCUGCUGCUACAGAGGCCAUGUUUUCAGCAUCACUGCAACUUUACGAUCUGCCCUCACUGAGAAGCCUUGUUUUACAACCAGUGAAAUCCAGACCAAACAGGUACAUGAUCAAAGAAACAAGACUGCAGCGGCCCGUCAGACUGAAGGGUUAGAACGAGUCCGCUCAAGAUUUGGUAAAUGUAAAAAGGAGGAGAGCCUCUCUGUGCUAAGUGUGCUUUUACAAACUCCUCCUGCGCCAGGCGUCAACACUGCUGCUCAUUUUGAAACAUGUACAGCUGCAUUUGUGGAUCGAGUGAAAGGAAAUGACUGAGUAUCAAGUGAAAAUCAUGAACAGUGUGCUAGAAUGUUUGCAAUAUAGUGCAGAAACGUGCACAUAGUCUUGAGUUGUUAGUGAACGUCAGUAUUGUAAGAGUUGAGAUGUGAACAUGAGGUGACCUUUUUAUCUUUCACGUGAGUGAUCGUGAAAUUCUCCUCAUUCAGAUUUGAUUUGGUUCAGCUCAGGGAAUUGUAUUGAUUCCUCCAGCGCAAAAAAUCUGGCACAUUUACAGAAAUGCUGAUUAAUGCAAUUGAUAAAACGCAUUUGCGAGUCACAUAUUAACUCAAUUUGAGGGUAUUUGCUUAAGAGAGUCGGUCUUUGCACUUUGGUUUUGCUCUAGCAAAAUCAUUAAAUCCAUUUGCUGGUGCAAUCACGCUCUAAAGUAGCUCAGAUAGAAACGGGGGGGGGGGGGGGGGGGGGAGAAAAGGCUGCAUUUGAAAUUGUGUGCGCAGCGUCAGAUCCCUAUGGAGCAGCCCGGGCUGGCUCUGCCUCGCAGUUUUAUGGUCAUGCAACCAGCGUAUCCUUUGACACGGUGGACCCAGCGACGUGCCUCAGCAUCAGGGCGGCGGUGCGGCCCCGCCGCGGCUGCAGGAUGGCUAUCCAGUCGGCUUCAUCAGGCUUUCGCAUGCGACAGAAACAAACAUAACCUCAUGAACCAUUUGAGCUCACACAGGGCUUUUUACCUCCUGGAAACUUUUUUCUACAUCCUCUGAACAUCAGUUCCUGACAAUAGUAGUGAUGUAAAAAAAAAAAAU